CCACCCUCACUCUCUCUCCUCUUCCCGCCUGUUAUAAAAAUGGCGAGUCGAGCCCACUUCGCAAGAAUGCUGCCGCACCCCCAAUCCCAUCACCACCUCUCCCAUCGGACCCUCCCUCCUCCGAUCAUCUUCUUCCCCCCGCCGGUGGUCCCGUCCUCCGUCCCUCGCUCCACCACCCCGAACCUCUCCUUCUCCUCCUUCUCCGCCCUCCGUUCUCCGGCCCCCGGCGCCGCCGCCGCGCUCGGGUCCCGCCCCCGAUGGCCGCCUCCGCCGCCGCCCCGUCCGGCGACCGCGCCCCGGGCCCCGAGGGGGAGGAGGGCGGCGAGGAGGAGCUCGGCCGGCUCGCCGAGGUGGCGGGCCGGGCCGCGGACGCCGCCGGGGAGGUGAUCCGGAAGUAUUUCCGGAAGAAGUUCGAGAUCCUCGAUAAGGAGGACUUGAGUCCGGUGACGAUCGCGGAUCAAGCGGCUGAGGAGGCCAUGGUCUCGAUUAUACUGGGGAGCUUCCCUGCUCAUGCAAUCUAUGGAGAGGAGAAGGGGUGGAGGUGCAAGGAGACAUCUGCAGAUUAUGUCUGGGUUCUGGAUCCCAUAGAUGGGACAAAGAGCUUUAUAACUGGAAAGCCUUUAUUUGGUACUCUGAUUGCUCUUCUACAUAAGGGUAAACCGAUUCUUGGCAUAAUUGAUCAACCGGUUUUAAAAGAAAGAUGGGUUGGGAUAUCGGGAAAGAGAACUACACUAAAUGGAGAAGAACUGUCGACACGUGCAUGCACAGAAUUAUCCCAGGCAUAUCUAUACACAACAAGUCCACAUCUCUUCAGGAAAGAGGCUGAAGAAGCGUUUGCUCGUGUUAGAAGUAAGGUAAAAGUGCCAUUAUAUGGCUGUGAUUGCUAUGCUUAUGCUCUUUUGGCUUCUGGCUUCGUGGAUCUUGUCAUUGAGUCUGGUCUAAAGCCAUACGAUUUUCUCGCUCUGAUACCUGUGAUUGAAGGAGCUGGGGGUAUUAUAACUGAUUGGAAAGGCCACCAACUUUAUUGGGAACCUUCUCCGGAUUCACUUGCACAAGGUUUUAAUGUUGUAGCAGCAGGAGACAAACAAGUUCACCAGCAAGCUCUCGAAUCAUUACUGUGGCAGUAAGAUUUUGGAUUCGGAACAAUUGAUUUACCAUAGAACUGGUAAUCCUUUGGUUCUAAUGCUCGGUACUCUGGUAAUUUUUUGCAAAACCAUCACAACCUUGUGAAUCUCGAUGAACUGGUGUAGGGUUAGAAGGUUAGAGAAAGGUGAUUUAUAGAGACUGCCAUUAUGCUAAAAGAUAGCUAUCGCGGUGAAAAAUUUGAGUGACGGAUAACUAUGCUGCAGGUUGCAGCCUAAGUUCCUAUGCUUAAAAUGUAUCAGUCUCUCAUUGAAAUGGA